UUUGCUUGCUUGCAUUGGGCAUUUCGUUUCCAUACACUCGGAUGAUACCUCGAAAAGGUGAUAAGGGGCCAGAAGGACAGCCGAGGCUAAUAAUGGCCGAGAGUACAUAUCACGAAGAGACCUCCCAGAACAGAUGACUGGAAGACGAGGAUUGGAUUUGGGAGGUUUUUAUGACGCGGAAGGAUUAUGGCCUAUUGUCAAGUGUUGUAGACGCACGACAUUCCCCGCUUGGGAGAAAUCAAGAUUUUUUUUCCAAAAGAAAGCAGUGUCCUGGUCCAGAUGAGGUCGUAUGGAGCUCCAACAGGGUUCGGGGUCAGGUCGUAUGCAAACCUGAUGAGGCCAUCACCCUUUCAUCCCAACCUCCAACAGCCUCAGGUUCCCGGACACACCGCCCGCCGCCGCCGCCUCGAUGCCUCGAUGCCUCUAUAAAUUAUGGCUUUAUUCGACAUUAUCACCAAGGCUCAUGGCGUGGCAUGUUCAAGUCCCGUCAUCUUCAUGUGAAAAUCCUUGCAUCGUUACACCUGGGGCUGGUAGAAGUCUCCUCGGAAUUGUCGCAAGUCCCCUUCCCCCUAGUGAGGAGGGCUGACCUUCUGUACUUUUUGGCUGUAAUUGUAGACUAUGUGGGUAGUAUCUAAGCCAGCGCUUGACCAAGUCUUGGUCUGAUUAGAACAAGACUUGCCAAGAAUUGUGUUUUGCAAACUCGGUGCGCCACGUGGGAUGGAGGAUCAUGGAUGCCGGGCUAGCGGUUCUCGGAAUCAAGACACACCCACCCAAACA